AUGGCAGUUGUCGGUGGCCAGUUUCAAGCGAUCCCGGCUGAACUGGCUAGUUCAGUGGAUCACAUUUUGUUGAAGAGGAAUUCAAACCAAACAGGUACAGAAGCCCACUUGGCAUUUGUUGACAAAAGUUCGCAAGUGAUUGCAAAGAGCCUCAGUGCAACAUUUCUAAGGCCUACAACAGAUUCCUUGCAAGUCUCUAUGUCAGGAGCUUUAAGGGCUAAAGUUGACCAUAAUGGUGUCAAUGUCAUGGUGGCUCUGUAUGAGAGUGGAUUGGUGACAGACUGUCCCAGGGGAGAGAACAAAGGGCGUGUCCUGUCAAAUGACUAUGUGGUUAGAAAGCUUGAAAAGCUCUGCACUGUCAAAGACAUCUCUGCCAGGAAGACAGUUUCAGGAACUGUUAAUUUUGCUUUAUGGGAAGGCUUCAAUAGCAGCAAAUGUGGUGUUGCUGUCUUUGUUGAAGACAGCUCCCAUCAAAUUUUUGGGUCACAGAGCAUUCAGUUCCCGGAUACAAUAUGAGACAUUCAGACUGAAUCAACGACGAUAUGCUGGCUAUGAUCAACAUCGGACUUUUGUGUACAGUAUGUGUUAGAUAAUAGUUUCUUUUUUCCUUUUGUUUUUUGAUCUUUCUAAAAUUUUUUUUACCUGCUUUACAUGUGGUAGGAGAUGGAUUGAGACAUUUUCGCGGUUUGCUGUUAUAAAUUGCUUCAUUGAUAUCUUUGUUUCUGUGGGAAAACGGAAUUGAAAAAUUGGAAUAAGUUGAUUGCAUUGUAUGAUUUUGUUGGCAUCUAAUUACUUUCAAGUAGUUGCAGAUAUGCUAUAUCGGUAAUAGCAUUAUAGACUUUGCUUUACCUGGACCAUACCCUUCUGAGUCGCAGGGCUAGAAAUAUUCCUUUUGCCUUCACUACGAAGAUUGUGAGGUCUGGCAAUAGCUUCCAAUGCAAUCUUGUAAAGCAGAAAUCAGAGGAUUUCAAAUGUUAAAUUCGCAAUGAACUCAAAAAACAAUCUUUAUAUUUAGUUCUUGAACAUCAA